ACUGUUAUAUGCAUGACAGGAGGAAGUGUUGGUGUAUAUGACAGUAUCAGAGCAGCUCACCCCAUCUUCCUGAGGCUCCACAUAGAGCUCAUCACCGAUCCUGGACAGAGAAUGGAUGGCUUUGGCCAGUACUGCAAGUGUGUGAGGAACGCUGCCGUGCUUGUCUCUCCUCCCAUCACCAUUGAUAUAAAUGGCUGAGGUGUGACUAAAACAGCAUAUGUGUACUGAAACUGAGGACGUUGGUGAAAGAGAGAGACUUUGAAAAGACCCGAGUGGACAAAAGUCAGGAAUAGUUUUGUGUCUGGCUCAGCUUUGUGCCAAAAUCAACACAAACUGGACUGCUGCUGAAACAAUUGUGGAUUAUGGAGGAGUGGAGAAAAAGAAUAAUUUCUAUCCUAGCUGAGGAAGUUAAACCGAAAGAGAUGGACCUGUCUGGAUAUUUGCGUUAAGAAACUGUUAAGAAGAUAAUGGAAAAAGAUUGGAAAAUGAAAACGGAGGGAAACAACUAUCACAGGAGUCUUAAAGGGUGACGUGUUUCACACACAGCCAAUUUCUUCAGUCAUGGUCUUUACUCUCUUUUAAAAGCAACACAUUACAUAAGAUUGUGUGGAAUCCAUCCCUGUUCAGCAGACUAUAUUGUUGUGUUUACAUGCGCUCAUUGUUGAUAUGCUUUUCUGUGACUUCUGGAUUUAAUACACAGCAGUUCUGUUCCUAGAUGUCUCAGUCACAUAAUCCAAAAGACAAUCAGGCCUUGCUGCAGUCCAUGCUGCAGAGACUGAAGCUCCAGCCAGGAAAAGAGGGCCAGGCAUACCUGCACACACCUGUACCCACCACAACUGCCUCCACAUGGUGGCAAGAUGGAGAAAGAGGAGCCACCAACAUCCAGAAAGUAAACAGCAGUCCUGUAAAUGGCUUUGAGUUUGGUAGUAAUGGUAUCCCCUCAAAAGGGUUUGGGAUCUCUGCUGCGGACAGUAACUUUGGCCUCAAAGGUGGGAAAAUACUGCAACCAGGUCAUGGCUGUGAAGUGGACAGGGGUCUCAUUUCCUUCCCCUCUCAGAAAGACAACAUUGAUGGUGACACGAAUGAGGACAGGGUGUUGGGACAGGCCACACAGCCUGGGAUCACCCUAACAGGAAGAGGGCAGCUGUUUCCUGCUGAAUCACUUAAGGAUGCUGAUAUCACUUCCUUUGAGAGGACUGAUGGGGCGAGGGUGAGUUUGGGCAGUUCUGCAAUGACAAGACACAUCCUGAGCAAUAAAGAUGCUGUCACAAGCAUGGGACAGAAUCAGGACCAGGACCUACAAGUCUGCAAGUGGUCCUUGAAGCCUGCUAAUGUUGACACACAAAGUCAAGGGAAUGAAGUGUUGCACAUGGAAAAUAUAGGAUUUGGAGCUUUGGCACAAAGUAAAGACAUGCAGAUUGUCCCAACAAGCAGCAGCUCUAGAAGAAAGCAGCGAUCAUCUGAGAAUAAAACAAGGAGAUGGACUCAGAAAAUCAAGGAGAGAUGGAAGGACAGGCCAGGGAGUUUUGGCAAAAAGGGAAAAGAAGAAGGAGGGAGAGUAGACCAGAAGAGUGAGCAAGGGACUGAAAUUUCAUCUGAAAAACAGCUAUUGACAGCAGAACAUCUCAUCAACACACCAAAUAAGGAGGAAGAAAGGACCCUCCCUUCACUCUACAGCAGUGAUCGCAGUAACGCCCCUCUUACAUACACAGAAGACGCCAAUAAUGAAGGAAAGAUGAGAUCGAGCAGUGACUUUGAAUUUGGCCUGGGCUCGUUCAGCUUGCUGGAGGAGAUCGUCACUGGCCAAGAGUGGGCCAAGUUCAUAAACCCCAACCAAUCAGCCUACUCAGCCAAUCAGAGACCAUCAGAGCUCAAAAUCCCACCAAAUCCUCACAAUAGUGGUCAAUCAUAUCUGAUUUUGAACCAACAAGGAGGUGUGAACAACCAGUGGAGCUUCAGGGGAACUGAGGCAUCACCAGAUUUAGAUUUCAGCAUGGCACAAAUAUCUCCUGAUGCCUUUCAAGCUGUCAGCAUGGACGUUUCUGAAGGAAAACAAGCUGCAGCGCGAGAUGUUCACAGUGAGACCGAUCAGUCAGAACCAAUGGAGCAUGGACAUACCCGUAGACCUCCUUUGUUUGUAAAGCAGCCUGAAAAUAUUCUGGACAAAUUAGCGCUAAAGAGCAGAGUCCACCUCAACAGGAAGAGACAGUAUCAGUCAGCUGAGCGGAGAGACGAGAUGCUACAAACUGAGGAAAUAAGUCAUGGAAAAGAGGCAUACAGAGAGGGGUCCAUAUCUUCACUGAGCCUAACAAGCAACCAAGUGAUGGAGGCGACAGGAGAUUCACAACAUGAUAACCUCAUGCCUUUAUACAUCCGGAACUCUAAUCCUCCACCUCUCUCUCCAUCUACUCUUUUUGCUCCUGCACCCCGGGGUGUCCUCAAACAUUCCAUAUCCCAGGAAUCACAGUCCUCCAUGGGAACAGUGACAAAAAGGAGGCGAGUCGAGGUGAACCGGCGGGUGCAUUUUUCCGAGGAGGUGGUGGCCAUAACGCCUCCAGAGCUGGACCCGGAUGCUACAGACUCAGAGGAUUCAGGUGCAGAGGAGGACUCUGUUAUAGAGCAGGAGUGUGAGCAGGAGGAGGAAGAGGAUGAGCAGGCAGCGACAAAGAGGGUGGAAGCACCAACACGCCGGCCGGCUCUCCCUGCCUGGAUACUGGCUCUGAAGAGGUGGAACACAGGGAAGAAGGACAGGCAGGGACUGUAAAACUGCAUUAAUUAUAAGGGCUCCCAGACUUUCUUAAAAUGAUUUAUUGAGUUCUUUUCUGGACACUUAAAGCACCACUGGGUCUUAUUGCUCCUCUUCCCUCUCCACACCACCACCAUUCAAAAUGAUAAUUGAUCAAGUGCUGAGAGUAUUUCAAGCCAGUCAUUGUUUGACCCUCAACUGUUUGUUUUUUGUCCAUGCUCUCCACUCUGUCUGUAUCCAGACUGGAUUAUACGCUGCCAGUGUGGCAUCAGCAGCAUAUAACUGUUUAGUCAAUUUGGUUGCUGGCAUAAACAUUCUUCCAGCAUCUUUUAUCAGAAAUGUUGUGUUGUCCUCCUCUUCCUCAUACUUACUGUAAAUCUCACACUGACCAGCAGCAGACUGGCUAAUGGCUCCCUGUCCAGCCAUCCUGGGAAAUUAACCCCAAAGGAGGAAUGAGAGUUGGAGCUGAAGCAGUGGCUGCAGACUGUCGGCUGUUCUCCGUUCAGCUCUUGAAAUGUUAAAAGCCCUAUUUUAAAGCCAUUUGCUCGCUGGGUAGUAAAAAUACUAUUAGGG